AUGGCUCCAUUUUCCGUCUGCUCCCAGUGCAAUAAAAGAACCCGUAAGGUUGUCAAAGAUCUAAUAACUCUUAAGGAUAUAUAUCUAUGUCCAAAAUGCACCAAGACAAGGGACGAACGGGUGAGGCAAGAAGAAGGCAAAGAAAUGCAGCGUGAGACGGCAAAAGUUCAGCUGAAUAAACCCAAGGAAGAAGCUGAAUUGAUGACAUCACAAAGUCUGCCACUUGCAGCAACUGUAUCUUCCCCUGCUCCUACACCUGCCCCAGCACCUGUCCUUGCUACAGUCCCUGCCUUAAAUACACCACCCAUAAUGCAGAUUGUUACAAUCAAGGGACGCAAAUAUAUCGCUGUCAGUGCAACAGCAUCUGACAAUUAAAAAUUAAUAAAUACUGUAGGUGAAUUUUUAGAAGUGAAUUUCUUUUCAUAUGUAUACAACACCAAUGUGCAUUAAUUUUUUUAUAAAAUUUAAAUAUAAAUAAUUCGUAUUUUUUCGCCAAUGGA